UGUCCUUAGAUGACCAAGACACAUUCCUAUAAACAGCUUGGUUUAAGGGUUUUAAUCGCUCUGUCCCAUGUCUGGAAGUGGCAUGCCAAAGGUGAAGAAGCUGUUUCUACAACUUGAAGCCUAAUCAGCAUGAUACAGUAACUCUGGCUGAGGCACUCUGGCAGUGGGUGCUGCUGGUGGCAACUACAGAGAGUAUCAUUCUAUCACAUUUCAAUAAACUACUGAGCUCUGGGGUAUAUUUCAUGGUGUAUCCUUAGAUGACCACUGGAACCUAGAUGAGUAGGAGUGUAUAAACAGGAGUUCACUCUGAAGAAGCUGUUGCUACAUUUAAACGUAAAGUCAGCACGAUACAGACUUGAAUCAACUGACUCCAGGGGUACAUCAUUUGUUCUAACCAGGAAUCAGGAAUAAUGAAAAACAGUGUGGUUUUUUCUUUGCUGCUCCUCUUGGGGACGUGCUCAGCUUACGAAAAUGUGGCCUUGCGUGGCAAAGCAACUCAGUCACUACGUUGGGAUGGAGUUUAUGGAGCUGCCUACAAUGCUAUUGAUGGAAACCGUCAUUCUGAUUUUCAUGACGGUUCAUGCACCCACACUAAAGUACAGACCAACCCCUGGUGGAGAGUGGACCUGCUGGAGUCCUACAUCGUCACCUCCAUCAUCAUCACCAACAGAGGAGACUGCUGUCCAGAAAGGCUCAACGGGGCAGAGAUUCACAUCGGCAACUCUUUACGAGACAAUGGUAUCACAAACCCAUUGGCUGGUGUAAUUUCUGAAAUCCCUGCAGGGAGCUCAUACACUUUGACUUUCGCCAAUCGUGUGGAGGGACGUUAUGUGACCGUGUCUCUAUCUGGUUCAGAGAGGGUUCUUUCACUCUGUGAAGUGGAAGUUUUCGGGUACCGUGCCCCAACUGGAGAGAACCUGGCACUCCAAGGAAAAGCCACACAGUCAUCAUUACAUAGUUUUGGCAUUGCGUAUAAUGCCAUUGACGGGAAUCGUGCCAGCACGUGGGAGAAGGCGUCCUGCAGUCACACAGCCCAAGAGGCGAACCCCUGGUGGCGACUGGAUCUGAUCAAAACCCACAAAGUAUUUUCGGUUAAGAUAACCAACCAAGAUGUAAACGAACAAUUAAUCAACGGAGCUGAGAUCCGCGUUGGAGAUUCUCUUAACAACAAUGGCAACAACAAUCCCAGGUGUGCUGUGAUCUCAAGCAUCCCGGCAGGUCAAACUGUUGAAUUCCAAUGUGUCGACGGGUUUGAUGGCCGCUAUGUUAACAUAGUUAUCCCCGAAAGAAAGGAGUGGCUGGUCCUGUGCGAGGUGGAGGUGUAUGGCUCGGUCCUGGAUUAGCUUUAACAUUUACUUCCAUUUGCAAGAAUAUAGCCAAUGUUGUUAUAUGUACUCAAACUAACCAACAUAAUAGAUCCAGCUUUAAUGUGAUAGUUAAUAGAUUUAGCUUUAAUGUGAUUGUUCACAUGACAAAUAACCAAUAGAAUUGUGUGCAACAUGGAGUUAAGUUUUAGACAAUAGCAAAAUGACGGAUAAAAUGGGUCUUUGAUAGUCUCUGUGUUAACAUCAGCCUACAACAAUCACGUGUGAAACUAGGACACGGUAUUGCUCAAAAAUGUCCGAUACAGAUACUGGUACCGAUACCAUGAAUUUGAUACCGGAUCCUGAUUGAUACUUUUAUUGAAACCAAUUUUACCGAAAUCCAUUUA